CAAAUCAAUCGAAAUUAAGACGCGUGCUAUAAUGGGUAUACAACCGAUCUCUACAGCUUCAUCGCCACUCCCCCUUUUUAGGGCUCCGAGUUGUCCGCCAGGCUUACAGUGGGACGCUAUGUCUAUGAUCUGUCUCCCGAAUAUGGAUACUGAUCAAUAUAUGCCACCUGGACUUCCUGUGCCUCAGUGGAACCCGCCUGCACAAAGGCCAGUACAAAAGGGAAAUUCUAGCGGUGGCACUAGGGAAAGUCCCGGAGGAAAGCCUGUGCCACGUCCUGUUGGAAAACCUGGUGGUAGCACUGGCGGAGGCUCUGGGGGAAGUCCUCAGAAUAAGCCCGUAGAAAGUUCUGAAGGAAAUGCUGGAGCCAAACCAGCAGGUCGUCCUGAGAGCAAACCAGGAGGUAGCUCUGGCGGAGCUCCUGUAGGAAGUCCUGGCGGAAAACCUAUAGAAAGUCCCAUAGGAAAACCUGGGGGCGGGGCUGAAGGCUCGAAGGGACGUCCCGGAGAAAACCCGAUUGGAAGUCCUGGAGGAAAACCUGCAGGUAGUUCUGGAGGAUCCCAGAACGUAAAUACCAACGAUAUUAAUAUAGGCUCAUUCUAAAAAAUGAAUUAAAAGUGUAACUUCAAUGAAUUAUGAAUAUUCAACAUUGUUUAAAUAAAAUGAUUGGCGAAUUUGGUUUUUAGUUGAA